UUCAUAUGGAUCUUCACCAAAUCCAAAACACCGGGAACUUCGCCGCAAUUACCGCCUGGACCGCGGGGGUUUCCGGUGGUCGGAAGCCUCCCGUUCCUCGACACCGAACUCCACACCCACUUCCAGGCCCUGUCCCAAUCUUACGGUCCGAUUUUCAAACUCCGUCUCGGCUCGAAACUCGCCGUCGUCGUCAGUUCCCCGACAUUGGUCCGGGAGAUGUUCAAAGACCAAGACAUCACCUUCGCCAACCACGACGUCCCCCUCACGGCACGAGCCGCCACGUACGGCGGAAUCGACAUCCUCUGGAUGCCGUACGGUCCUGAGUGGCGCACUCUUAGAAAGGUAUGUGUACUCAAGCUUCUCAGCCGUCAAACGCUAGAUUCGUUCUAUGAACUCCGGCGACAUGAAAUCCGACAGAGGGCGAGGUAUCUCUACGAACAGGCUCGAGAAGGGUCGCCGGUAAACAUCGGAGAUCAGAUGUUCUUGACGCUGUUGGAUCUAAUGGUGAACAUGUUGUGGGGGGAGACGCUGAAAAGGGUUGAUGAAAUGGCGAAUCUUGGAGAAGAGUUCAAACAGGUGAUUGCAGAGAUUGUGAGAUUACUGGGCGAGCCGAACGUGUCGGAUUUCUUUCCAUGGCUGGCAAGAUUCGAUCUUCAAGGGCAUGUGAAAGAGAUGAAAUUAUCAGCUCGGAAGCUUGAUGAGAUGUUCAACCGAGCUAUAGAACAAUGUCAGAGAGUUCGAGACGAUGGUAAUGGAGAUUGCAAGGAUUUUCUGCAGCAUCUGUUGAAGCUGAAGGAAGAAGGUGAUACCGAAGUUCCCAUAACCACGGACCACAUCAAAGCCAUGCUCAUGGAUUUGGUGACGGCGGGAACGGACACGUCGUCGAACGUGGUAGAGUUUGCAAUGGCGGAGCUUAUAAACAGACCAGAGAUUAUGAAAAGAGCACAGCAAGAACUGGAUGAAGUAAUAGGCAAAGACAACAUCGUGGAAGAAUCUCACAUCAGUAAGCUCCCAUACUUGCUCGCUGUCAUGAAAGAAACCCUAAGGCUUCACCCUACAAUACCUCUGUUAGUUCCUCACUCCCCAACUGAAACCGCCAUUGUCGGAGGAUACGUCAUCCCCAAAGGCUCUAAGGUUUUCGUCAAUGCAUGGGCCAUUCACAGAGAUCCGAACAUUUGGGAAAACCCACUAGAGUUUUACCCCGAAAGAUUCCUCGAUGAGUCGUUUGAUUUCAGCGGGAACGAUCAUAGUUUCAUACCGUUUGGAUCCGGCCGUAGAAUAUGUGUCGGAAUAUCAUUGGCGGAGAAGAUGGUAAUGUACAGUCUUGCAAUGCUUUUGCACUCAUUCGACUGGAAGAUUCCAGAAGGAACGAGAUUUGAUAUCGAAGAACAGUUCGGGAUUGUGUUGAAGUUGAAGAAUCCUCUUAUUGCAAUCCCCAUGCCGAGGUUGUCCGACUCAAAUCUUUAUAUGUAAAAUACAUAUGAUUGUUAUAUUCUUAAAAAGUUAUUAAAAGGUUUAAUAUAAUUCCCGAAUUGGAAAAUAUAUUGGGAAAAUCCAUUUUGUUU